UCGCGGUUCCACUUGUGCGGUGAGUCGGUGAGUGUGCGUAUGUGUGCAUCGAGCCUGCCAGCCAGCCAGCGUCCUCAAAAGCCGAACCUGCGAGUGUACCUGAUUUCCACCUUCUCUGCAACCUGUGCCAGUAGUGAUAUAACUUGACGACGAGUUUAAUUAGCAAAGAACUACUUUGACAGGGGAGCUUCAACCCACGGACUUUCUCAAAAAUUCAGGCAGAAGGUGACCGAGGCGGCCACACGGCCAGCAUGUGGGGACCACGCCCAUGUGACCCGGCGGCUGCGGCCGCACUUGCGGGAAUGUUACCCUUUGAGACGACCAUCGGCCUCUACGAACAGCCGAAACCGCGCUUCAUGUUUAAAAUGCCGCGUGUUGUGCCAGACCAAAAGUCCAAAUUCGAUUCAGAUGAACUCUUCAGAAGACUCAGCAGAGAGAGCGAGGUUCGCUACACAGGAUUCAGAGAUCGACCCUUGGAGGAACGCCAAGUGAGGUUUCAAAAUGGCUGCCGGGAGGGACACACGGAAAUUGCAUUUGUGGCCACUGGCACAAACCUCCAACUUGUUUUCAACCCAGUCAUUAAUGGCUAUGCAGUGCCCGACCUUGGCAGAGAGUGCGACUUCGACAAGGAAAUUGGCAAGGUUCACCUGAGAGCUCACUUCAUAAUGAAUGGCGUCUGCGUGCGGUGGAAAGGCUGGAUAGACCUUGAUCGCCUCGACGGCGUUGGCUGUCUCGAGUUCGACGAGGACAAGGCCCAGAACGAAGACUUGAUUCUGCGAGACCAAAUCGAGCGGUACAACCAGAGGUUGCGGGAUUUUGAAGAUAAGCAACGAGUCUUCCGCUCACACCCGCAGCUGGACCGACCAGAAAAUGAUAUCGAGGCUUUGGCGCAACAAGAGGGCUACAUGCGCGCAGCUCGGCGGAACAGACAUCAGCAGUGGCACGCCCCGCGUUGAGCUUCCCAAAAUAAUUCACCACGUCGCGGCACCUACUCGCACCGACCUUGAUCAUCGACUUCCUCUUCACCUCUGCACACAUCUUGCUUUGUACAUACACACAAUUCCUAUCUGCGGUGCUGUCGGCUGCUGGCGACCUCACCAAAUAUUUAAUAUUUCAAGGACCGAUGCAAAUCUCUGUAUUUUCAGCAUUAUAGUGCCACUAAAUAAUGCAUACUAGUUAUCUCAUCUUGAUGUAAACUAUGUUAAGAUAAAUAAGUGAGGUGAAGUUUUGCACCUUUCCAGCAUGCGUGAUUUGACUUCACGGGACGAAUGUCUAGCGUUUAAAUGCAGUCCUCGGUGCGGAGGCAAAAGUGGCCCUUCAGUGGGCUGGGUCCCUGUGCGGCCUGGUGCGCCCAUGUUAUCCGUUCGCGGUGUUAUUGGGACCCGGGUUUCAGCAUUCGUGCUAGCACAUUGCGCGCCCUUGCCGGUUCUCGGACAGGGAUAAAAAGUAAAAACAAAGUGACAGCGUAGAACGAUGGUGAUGAAAAGACCGAAAAGACGUCUUGAAUGAUCUGCGCCUAUGAGUUUUUCUCUUAUUUUAAUUUCCAAUGUAGAUUAAAUUUUAAGUUCACGAAAUCUCACAUCUUUUUAAACUUUUUGGGGGUAAAAAACUUUGCAUAAGUUCAAUAAGUGAACUUUUAAAAAAAAAUUUAACAACAAUAAAAUAUGAUUUUUUCAACUCCAUUGAUUUGAAAUCCAUAUUUAUGUUAUAUAAACUGACUGCAAGUUCCUUAUUUAUAAUUUUGGAUCAAGAAAGUUCAAUUGGCUUUUUUGUUUUGCAAUUGGGUAAAAUUGAUAACUGUGUAGAAAAUGUCUUAAAUUUCUGCCGUGUCCGUGAAAUCAAAACAAUUAAAAAUUUGUGUAAGUCAUGUGCUGAUAGAAAAUAAAUGUAUACAAUUUUAAGCAAACCUA